AUGAAGUUUGGCGCAAGACUCGACGUGUUCGUGUUCUCUGUACCAAGCACGACCGUAGGUAUGAUACCAGCCACGGAUCGACACGCACAAGGAUACCACGCCUUUGAGCAGGAACCAUCACCACGGCUUCUUGUUUCACUAUACGGCACUCCUCAUGCCCGUCUCGUGUCGUCCCUGUCUAUUCUCAACACCUCCCUCUGUGGUCUCGCGACACGGGUGCUACAUAUCCUACCGAGUCGCACGUCGAUGCCAAUGGCCAGCCGGAACAUCGUUCCUGACCCGGCGUCGAUGCCGUCGCGAAGCACGCACACAUCAGCCGAAUUGACUUUUGCAAAGCGCAAUGAUUCGUCACCCGACCAGUGGCAACCGUCUCCGAAGCGACAGCCCUCAAAGCGUUAA